CCCUCAUUAUUUUCUCACGUCUUAAACAAACAACACCAAAAUUUCAAAUUGAGCAUGUUUCAUUUGGUUCUCCGCUAUUAAUUAACAUUUUUAAAACCCAUAAAUAAGUACGUGUUGGACCCGAAUCGGUAGACUUAAAACCAGAGAAGGAAGUUAUUCCAUUACCACACAAUAAUGGUCAGACGAGGAUCGCAACGCCGGCAAUCGUUGAGAUUCAUGGGCGGUCAGUGGGUAAAGGGCGAGUCGGAGGCACAGUCGCAGCCCGACAAUGAGCCGGAGCAGGACCCCUCUUGCCAGGAGCUAGAUCCCCAUAACACUUACCAGGAGAAGCCGCUUCACAUGCGCCAGUGGAUGCGGUGGCACAACUGCAAGGUACACCAGAUGACCAACACUGCCGAGACCUAUCCCAGCAUCCGGCCACCGAUCAAUAAAUGCUUUCCCGGGAAGAACCUGGAGUACAUUGACGAGUCCAUGGAGGCCAAUCAGUGUGGCCGGAUGUUCACAAUGGGCAAGGACGACGUGGUGGCCGUGUGGAAACAGAGUCCGCACAAGGACAGCCUCGCCUGUUAUGGCAUCGGUGAGCACUCUGAAGCCUACAGCGAGGCGGUGGCCAAGAGCCUAAAGGCGGCCAGUCUGCUCCCCAAAGAGCCGAAGAAGUCCCACGUCCGCCCCAAUUUCCAGCCGAUGGUAAAGGUGACGCAGCCGCGUGGCACCUAUGUCCUUAACCGGGACUGCCUGAAGGCCAAGCUAGGUGAGAUACCCAAUGUCCGGCGCCAUUUGGGUACAAGCAACGCCUUCUCCGGGCUCCACUGUCCGCCGCUCGCGGAUACUAACCAUCCCUUCGCGGAUCAAUCCACCUUUCCCAAGGUAAGCAUUAAGCUGGCCCUGGGCAUUGAGAAGCCAGCCAAGCCUCCAAAGCAUGGCCUGCGACGCAAGCACUGGUACUGCCCCCCACUGUGUGACGAUGUGGAGAUCAACAAGUGCACGGAGUACGAGUGGGCCAAGUACAAGAUGGAGAAUCAUCCCGCCGACGAGGUUGUGAUGCAAGAAUUUGAGCCCGUCCAUGGCCAUGAGCCGAGGAACUACGAUGAACUAUACAAGACCCUGGAGAGCUGUUUCAUUCAAAAUCCCGAUGGGGAUGAGAUUUGCGAAGCGUACGAGCAAUGUUGCAAGGAUCCCGAGGAUCCACCCUCGCAGGGAUGCAACGAGUUUAUGCCGGAAGGAGCCGAAGCAGGUGAAACCUGCAGCUGUCUUGGCCAUUGCAACUGUGAGAGGAGCAAGGGUGGCAGAUCCCCCAAAGAAAAGGAACAACAGGACGAGGAAAGCCAAGACAGUGAUAGUAUAGAGCCUAUAGAUAUAGAGUAAAUAUUGCGUAUACGCACCUUGGG